GAUUCCAUGCUAGUUUUGUGUUGUGUUUAGACGCAGGAUGUCGUACGAGUGGAAGGAUAAAGUUGUUUUGAUCACGGGGGCCGCAAACGGCAUUGGUGCGGCCGUUGUGAGGCAAAUUUUAGAGGAAGAUGCUAAGCAUAUUGCCAUUCUCGACGUAGACGAGAAGUCUGGCGUGGCUCUCCAAGAUGAACUAAACUUAAAGCACGGGGCCGGCAAAACCAAGUUCCACCGCUGCGACGUGACCAAUGACGGUCAGCUGUUCGCAGCGUUCGACACACUGGUGAAGGAACAAGGGAAUAUCGAUGUGGUCAUCAACAAUGCGGGAAUUAUGAAUGACGCCUCUAAUGCCUACAGGAAGGAGAUCGAAAUCAAUGUGACUGCUCUUGUAACAAGCACAUUGAAGGCAUUGGAGUUGAUGAGAGUAGACGGAGGUGGGAAAGGCGGAACAGUCAUAAAUAUCUCCUCUAUAGCUGGGCUAGCGCAGUCUCACUUGCUACCCAUAUAUUUUGCGACCAAGUCUGCUGUUUUACAGUUCAGUAACUGCAUCGGGAAAGAGGAAUACUUCGCCAAAACAGGCGUGCGAGUGGUGACGGUAUGUUUUGGAGCCACGGCCACUGAGCUGGUUAAACCGACCAAAGUGGGAUCCCUCGACAAAAACGUUACGCCAGAGUUCGUGUCUGGCGUGUUUGAAGCGAAACUUUAUAUUCAGAAGAUAGAGUCUGCGGCGGCGGGCGUGGUGUCGGCGUACAAGCAAGGUGCCAGCGGCAGCACGUGGCUGGCCACACGCGACAUGCCCGUACGGGACAUCACCGACAACGUCACCCGCGCAUACCAGGUCCUUGGCGAAUUCAAUUAGCCUUUUGAACUUGGCGAAUAUAAA